AGUGACGAGGGUUGUGUGAUGAGGGUUGUGUGAUGUGGAUCGUGUGAUGUGGGUAGUGAUGUGGGUAGUGAUGAGGGUCGUGUGAUGAGGGUCGUGUGAUGAGGGUUGUGUGAUGUGGAUCGUGUGAUGAGGGUUGUGUGAUGUGGAUCGUGUGAUGUGGGUAGUGAUGUGGACUGUGAUGAGGGUCGUGUGAUGUGGACUGUGAUGAGGGUCGUGUGAUGUGGACUGUGAUGAGGGUCGUGUGAUGUGGGUCGUGUGAUGAGGGUCGUGUGAUGAUGUUGAUGUCAGCCGGGCCGCGUGUCCCCCCCCUCCUCCUCCUCCCGCCCCAUCACUGCCGGGUCGCGCCGGGGUCCUUUUCCGCCCCGCGUCACCUCCUGCCGCUCUCCUCCAUCACCCACCUCGCUCAGCAUCCUCCUCCUAUCACUCUCUACCACCAUUCCCUCUCCCCACCACCCCCACCAUCACCUUCUCUCUCCGUCUCCCCGCGCAGCUGGCCAUGGUCUCCCCGGUCCCGUAGAGAAGACGCCACGGGCCAGGGGCAACAGCAGGAGCAGCAGCAGCCAGGGACCUCGCGUCUCCCCCCCCCCCCCAGGUUUCCACCACGGCCCCCGAGUUGUGAUCAAGACGCCACCACCUCGAGUCAUCUGCGAUGCGCAAUAAUCAUCAUCCACCGACUGAAUAUGAUGGCAAGGACAUGGCCGGCACCUCGAGGAGCGAGUCCGUGAGGGGUGCGGCGACGAGCGCCCCGCCGGUGGCGCGCUACCGCGCCGAGCGCGUCAGCGGACUCAAGCAGCUGCUCAGAGCCAUCAAGCAGGAGGAGGAGGACGAGGAGGACGAAGAGGGCGGCCAGGGUGACGAUAACGAGGAGCAGCGGAGUUGCGAGGACUGCUGGAGCGCAGGAGAUGCAGCAGAUGACUCCAAUUCCGGCGCCGAGAGCGACACUGGCGAAGCGGCGGUGACCGAGGCGGCCGAGGCGGCCGCGGCGGCGGUGGUGGCCGUCGCUUCGAGCGCGUCGUCGCCAGUCCCGUCCCCGGCAGCCCCCUCCUCAGCCGAGGACUCCUCCUCAUCAUCAUCGUCGUCAUCGGCGAGGGACUGCUCGUCCAGGGAGAGCUCGACCGAGCGCCGCUUGCCGAGCGGAGACGCCCCGGAGCGGGGAGAAGCCGCCCCUCCACCCGACCCGGCCCGGGAAGGCACUGGCGAUGCUAACGACAAGGUACCGCCCGAAGAGGAGGGGGCGCCGCAACCGACCGAUCGGGACGAGUCGCGGGAAGCGGCGAGCGGCGUGCUCGACGAGAGCAAGAGGAAAGGUGGGAACAAGCGACGCGCCAAAACCCGAGUGUCGCGAGCCGGCAAAGCCAGGGAGAAGCCUUACAGCUGCGAGCAGUGCGGCAAGGGCUUCAAGACGCUGAACUACUUCAACCACCACAAGGGGAUGCACGGGGAGCAGCAGCAGCAGCCGUACAAGUGCGCGGUGUGCGGCCGCGCGUUCAUGCAGUCGUCGGCGUUCACCAAGCAUAUGCGGAAGCACAACGGCGAGAAGCCGUUCCUGUGCCUGCAGUGCGGCAAGAGCUUCGCCCAGUCGUCGUACCUGGCGCAGCACAUGCGCAUCCACACGGGCGACAUGCCCUACGCCUGCGACGUGUGCGGGGAGAAGUUCAACUACUCGCUGUCGCUCAAGUUUCACAAGCUGAAGCACACGGGCGAGAAGCCCUACAUGUGCGACGAGUGCGGCAAGACGUUCUCGCGCUCGGCCUACCUCUACAUCCACCGACGGACGCACACGGGCGAGCGGCCGUACGCGUGCGGUGUGUGCGGGAAGCGCUUCACCCAGUACUCGUCCAUGUCGCUGCAUCGCAAGUCGCACUCGGACGAGAAACCGUACAUCUGCGAGGUGUGCGGCAAGGCCUUCGCCAACUCGGCCUACCUGGGGCAGCACCGCCGCAUCCACACGGGCGAGAAGCCGCACGUGUGCAACAAGUGCGGCGUGGCGUUUUCCCACACGUCACACCUAGCCCGCCACCGCACGGUGCACAGCGGCGUGAAGCCGCACGCGUGCCAGCAGUGCGGGAAGGCGUUCGCGCGAGCCUCCUACCUAACGCAGCACAUGCGCAUGCACACGGGCGAAAAGCCCUUCGUGUGUCCCGUUUGCGGCCGUGGGUUCUCGCAGUACGCGGGACUCAACUACCACAAGAAGACGCAUUCCUCAAAAUGACGGGGGAAGGGGGGGGGUGGCAGCUUGGAAUCUUCGGUUGGUCGAUGCCAACCGCAGAUGGACCCCUCCUGCCCGGAUCCUGAUUUAGUUGAACUGCUUACAGAACUCUGUGCGAGCUUUUUGCAAGGGUAGGGCGAGUUCAAGUUCGAGUUGAUUUCGUGUCACUUGGGUGAGAACUCCAGAGUCUCAUUUGCAAGGGUGACCUGGGUCACCACAGUAACAAAAGCAGAAACAAAACAAAUGCACUGCCCCGCGGACCGUGCUCUUUAUUCGAAGCAAGAUAAUCCCAAACGAUGUUGGGAGCAGGGCAGCAGAAGAGAAUGUGAGCUGCCGAUGUGUGACAUCGCCGCCAGAGUACGCUACGUCAACACGCUUGACUUAACGUAGAAGCGCAUUCCUCCCAUUAACAACGAUACACACUCGUGUUUGACAGCCGUGGACACACAGCCAAGGAAUAUAUCUACCAGACAAAAUAAAAUCUCGUCAAAAUUUUGCUCGCUUUUCAAAAUUCCGGUCGGCUGAAUAAUCAAAUCAAUUGGUAUAUUUUUCCCACGUGAGAAGUUGAUUUGAUUGGCUCUGUCAGAUACUGAAGGGUUAUAGUUAGAUAUUGACAUAUCCACACGAUCUAACCAGAAAGAAAUGUAUUAUGAAUAAAAAUAAGUUCGUGUUUUUGGUUGACUUAUGUUAAUUGUUUGCUUUGUUCAGUUGAAUGUUUUUUGCUGCGUUUGGCAGCCCCGGAUUGAAUGUCAGUCUCACUGGGAGUGGAUUGUCAGACACAAUGGCACUCCUCUACGGUGGAAUGGCAGCGAACUUAUUUAUAACGCGCAGUGGUCUCGAUGGCGCACGUGAAGCGCGGUGUUUUAUGGAUAACGUGGACGGAGUUGACGGGAGUGGUGCGGAGGGUUGCGUCAAAUGUGAGUUUAGUACCGAAUGUGUCAAUGCUCUGAAACGUCAGCAUCAGUGUAUACCUUCAUUUUAAAACAUGUAAAUGUGAGCUUGGUAUUUUAUACAUAAUGUAAAAAGCUUGAUCAUGAAGAUGUAACUUAUUUAAUAUUAGCGUAUACACUUACUGUAUCUAGUCAUUGUGACAAAGUGUCAAGUAGUUCUCGAAAUAAAACACACAUCGGCUUGUA